AUGCACGUCCCCGACCAGUCGCAGCAGUUUGCGCACAUUCUGCGUCUGCUUAACACCAACGUCUCCGGUUCGCGCAAGAUCAUGUACGCCUUGACCGAGAUCAAGGGUAUUGGCCGUCGCUACGCCAACGUCGUCUGCAAGAAGGCCGACGUCGACCUUGCCAAGCGUGCCGGUGAGCUCAACUCGGACGAGCUUGAGCGCAUUGUCACCAUCCUCCAGAACCCUCAGGACUUCAAGAUCCCUCACUGGAUGCUGAACAGGCAGAGGGACAUCGUCGACGGCAAGUCGUUCCAGGUCCUCUCCAACAACCUUGACUCGAAGCUCCGUGACGACCUCGAGCGUCUCAAGAAGAUCCGCUCGCACCGUGGUAUCCGCCACUACCUCGACCUCCGUGUCCGUGGUCAGCACACCAAGACCACCGGUCGUCGUGGACGCACCGUUGGCCUCGGCAAGAAGAAGUAA